UUAACCUAAGUGAAAUUAAGACUGUAAAGUGUGCUUUUCGCUUGAUAUAUUUUUAGUUUUAUAUAAUUCUUAGAAAAUAAAUUUUUAAUUUAGAGAAACAUGGUAAAAAUGUACUUAUCCAGAUUUAAUCCGAAGUUAUGUGUCUUAAAUGAAAUAAUAUAAAUAUAACACACUAAUCAAAUAAAGUUGUGUAUCAAGGUUCAUGAUUGUUUAUAUUAUCAGAAAAAUGAAACGUAACAUGAAUUUUUCAACACUGUUAGCGGAUAAGAAAUGUAUUAAAACACUCAGAAGGAUGCGGUCAUAUAAAUACGGUGACAAUGUUUUAAGUCCUCUCACAUCCUUUACAACGGCGAAAUGUCCGCAGUUGGCGCCAAAACUUGUGAAAAAAAACUAAAAGUCGCUGAAUUAAAAAUACAGAAGAUACUGAACAAAAUUGAACAAUUUAAACUUGAUAAUACUUAUACAUCGACUCUUCAGCUACCAGAUAAAUCAAAACUUUUCAGUGAUAAAUUCAAAACCUAUUGUAAAUAUUCCGUUGUACUUUUUGUUAUUACGUUCUUAGCCUACAUGGUCUCUUGGAUUAUUAAUCAAGUGUAUACAGAGACAUGCAUGCUACAACUUCCAUCGUCAUCAAAAUCUUUAUUCCGACCCCCCGAAGACUGUAGCAUGUGUAUGGGAGUCACCAAUGUGACCAGACUGAGUGAUAUUGCACCAGAAGAUUUCGAAGAUCACUACGCGUACUCCACCAGGCCUGUGAUUGUUACUGAUGCUACUGAAGAUUGGCGGGCUAUGAAGGAAUUCAGUUUCGACUUCUUCGCGGACUUCUACCUCAACGAGAAAAAAGGCAAAAAAACCAACGAUUGUUUUUUCUUCGCUUACAAAUCUGGUUUGAAUUCAUUGCACGAAGUAUUUACUAUGGACGAAAAGCGCGCCAAUUUAUCUGGCGAUCCGUGGUACGUUGGUUGGAGCACGUGUUACGAUGAAGAGACGAGAAAGUUACGGGCUUAUUACAGUAGACCGUACUUCUUGCCAAGGACAGCUGAAAGUGACAUGGUGGAUUGGAUUUUUAUGGGCGGGCCUGGACAGGGCGCGCAUAUGCAUGUGGACUCAGUACGUCACAUGUCGUGGCAGGCGCAGAUCCGCGGGCGCAAGGAGUGGCAGCUCGCGCCUCCACCCGAGUGCAUCUAUUGGUGUGAUUGGAUCACCUUUACUGUGCAACCCGGGGAGAUUUUGGUGGUGGACACGAAUCGCUGGUACCACAAGACCAACGUGCUUCCCGGCGAUAUUAGCAUCACCAUUGGAGCUGAAUUCGACUAAAACGAUUUACAUUAUGUUGUAUUUCUUGCUUUUAAUAUUGCUUUUGACUACAGAAGUUUUAUUUUUUUAAUAAGCACCAAUAAAAUAUUAUAUUUUGCCUUCCAA